AGUAACAGACAAUCAAACUACUGUUUGAUUCGAUGCUCUUUCGCGGCCAGUGCUUUUGUAGGUAGUUUCGAUUUUAUUUUGAAUAGCUACUACUGUAAAUAGAUUUGCAGCAGAAAAGAGACAGACGGUUCACCAUGCCUGUCACAUGUGCCGUUAACGGCUGCACUAACAAGUUUGUUAAAGGGUCAGAAAUACGAUUUUACAGGUUCCCCAUCAGUAAGCCUCAGCUGGCCAACCAAUGGGUACAAAGUUUGGGGAUGAAAAACUUCAUCCCUACACCUAACACUUGCCUCUGCUCAGUGCAUUUUAAUCCAGACUGUUUCCGAGACUAUAAUGGCAAACAGUUUCUUAGGGAGGAUGCCGUUCCCACCAUUUUCGGCGCUGAUUCAUCAAAGCCCGAGUUACGGAAAAGGGGGAUAAUGACCAAGGAUGCAAAUGCCGUUAGUCGUUUUGGGACACCUUCAGACCGAGAGAAAGCUAAGGCACUUGAAAAGGUCAAGGCAAAGGAGAAACGACAAAGUACCCGGGAUACCAGCAGGGGGAGGGCAGAUGGUAGAAGGCGAGGAGGACGGGGAGCAGUGUCUUCCAACUCGGAUAGACAGACGUUGGGCGCGAAGAGUAAGGUGUAUGACAGCAAAGGCCGUCUGCUCUCCUGCGGAAAGGACAUGUGUGACUGCCUAGACGCUGACUGCAUGGGCUGCUUCUAUCCCUGCCCUGAAUGUGGGUCUCGCAAGUGCGGUGUGGAGUGCCGCUGUGACCGCAAGUGGCUGUACGAACAAGUGGAGGUGGAGGGAGGAGAGAUCAUCCGCAAUAAGUACGCUGGCUAACUCCCUGCUGAGAAACAACACAAACUCAGUAGUAUUAAGCCAGUGUUACAGACAUGGCAUACAUAUGUAGACUUCUUCUUGUACCAAGAUGUCCGCUUCAUGAAGGUGUAUGCAUGUACUAGACUUGAGAGUGCGUGGCUAAUGAGAAGACAUUAAAUGAGAAAGAGGUAUAAUUGGGAUUUGUUUCAGCCUUCCAGAAAGUAUCCAUAUGGUUGUUUAAAUUUUGUUUCCUUGCUAGUAUUUUCAAUUCUCUAUGUUUUGAUUAAAGUUUUUUUCUAUAAUGA